CCAAACAAAUCGCCAUCUGUCAACCACAAGCUAAAAAAGGAGGACAAACAGCUUUUCUCCGUAAACGCGAGUCAUAAAAAUUGCAUUCUUUACCUGCUCGAUGACCCUUUGGUGACCCGUUGGUGAAGUUUAUCGAAUUUUGUUUUACUGUUUGAUGGAUUGUGGGAGAUAAAAAGGACGCAGUACUUAUAAAAAGGGGUAGGCUUACCCGCAAUCACCCGUUCGGUUUUCCCCCUCAUAGGGGCGGGUUGCGGCAAAAGAAAAUGGUGCCAUAGACGGUGAGCAGGAUACAUUCACGCCAAGGAUAUGAACGGAUCGGCGGCAACUGCAGGGCAACCGCGGGACGACACCGCCGGACCGACGAUGGAACCGGUCGAAACGGUGACGCUUAUCAGCGACGACUCGGACGUGGAGAUGACCGACAUCACCGUGAAGCGUCCUAGCAAAUCCGAAUCGGACGAGGGGCGUCGAACGAGCCGGCGCAAGAAGGUAAAGGUAGGCUACGGUGACAAUGGUGCGAAAACGAACACGUCCAACGCCCGACCCGGCAGUGCCUGUGAGCGUGGGGACGGGGUCAUCACGCCCGACCGGAAAGCGGAAACAACUACCAAAUCGGACGCACCGCCGACGCCGAAAUCGAAAAAACGUGAGGUGGAAGAAAAGUCCGCCACCGGACCGGACCCGAACCCGUACCAGGAGUUGAUGACGGGGCUGGAGGGUGCAGCAUUUCAGUCGCGUCUCCCAGUCGACAAGAUGACCGCCUCGGAAGCCGUCUGCUUUCCGCACAUCAUCAAGCACGGGCUGGUGGCGCAGCGCGUGUUCCUGAACGUGCGCAACCGCAUCCUGCAGAUGUGGAUCGAGGAACCGACGGUACAGCUGACGGUGGAGAAUGCGCUGAAGAAGAUGGAAUCACCGUUCGACAGCGAUCCCUCGCUCGUCCGAAGCGUGCACGCAUUCCUGGAGCGGCACGGGUUCAUUAACUUUGGAAUCUUUAAGCGCUUGAAGCCACUGCCGGUGAAGAAGCACGCCAAGGUGAUUGUGAUCGGCGCGGGAAUCUCGGGACUGGCCGCGGCCCAGCAGCUGCAGCAGUUCGGGUUCGAUGUGAUCGUGCUGGAGGCGCGGGAUCGUGUCGGCGGGCGGAUUGCAACGUUCCGCAAGAACGCCUACACAGCAGAUCUGGGCGCGAUGGUGGUGACCGGCACCUGGGGCAACCCGCUGACGAUACUGAGCAAGCAGACGGGCAUGGAGAUGUGCCCGAUCAAGAGCGUCUGUCCGCUGUACGGGGCCGGCGGCAAACCGGUACCGAAGCACAAGGACGACAUGGUGGAGCGGGAGUUUAACCGGCUGCUCGAGGCGACGAGCUAUCUUUCCCACCAGCUGGACUUUAACUACGCCGGCAAUCAUCCCGUUUCGCUCGGGCAGGCGCUCGAGUGGAUCAUUAAGCUGCAGGAAAAGCACGUGAAGGAGAAGCAGGUGCAGCAUCUGGGCGGCAUUAUCGGCUGCCAGCAGAAGCUGCUGGCGAAUCAGCAACAGCUGGUGGAAACGCUCGCCCGGAUAAGGGACCUGAAGGCGAAGCAGCAGCAUCUGAUCGACACGAAGCCACCGAAACCACCGCCACCGGCGAAGGAGGGGGGUAGUGGUGGUGGCGGUGGUGGGACAGCGGGGCAGGACUCAUCCGGAGGUGACAGUGCGGGGACAAAGUACUUCGAGCACGAGUUUCAGCUCCGCGUGAUGGCACGCGAGGAGCAGCUGGCCUGGAAGGAGGUGGAACGAUUGCAAGCCCACCAGACCGAGCUGGAAGCGAAGGUGCGCGAGCUGGAAAACGAGCAAGUGUCGGAGGUGUAUCUCUCCUCGAAAGAUCGCCAGAUACUGGACUGGCACUUUGCGAACCUGGAGUUUGCGAACGCGACCCCGCUCAGCAAUCUGUCCCUCAAGCACUGGGAUCAGGACGACGAUUUCGAGUUCAUCGGCAGCCACACGACGGUUAAGAAUGGGUACUCGUGCGUACCGAUCGCGCUCACCGAGAAUCUGGACGUGCGGGUGAACACGGCCGUCACCUGCAUCCGAUACCGGCCGGGAGGCGUCGAGGUGACGGCCGACUUGAAGUCCAACAACUCGACCGUAUGCUAUCGGGCCGAUCUGGUGCUCUGCACGCUUACCCUCGGCAUACUGAAGCUUGCCAUCGCGAAGGAAUCGAAGCAGCUCAACACGGUCCGGUUCGAUCCGGAGCUGCCGGAGUGGAAACAGCUGGCCAUCCGGCGGCUCGGCUUCGGCAACCUGAACAAGGUGGUGCUGUGCUUCGACCGCAUCUUCUGGGACCCGAACACGAACCUGUUCGGGCACGUCGGUAGCACCACGGCCAGCCGCGGCGAGCUGUUCCUGUUCUGGAACAUCUCCCAGUCGCCGGUGCUGCUAGCUCUAGUCGCGGGUCAAUCGGCCGCCAUCAUGGAAAACGUAUCGGACGACGUGAUCGUGGGCCGCUGCAUCGCCGUGCUGAAGGGCAUCUUCGGCAAUUCGGCCGUCCCGCAGCCGAAGGAAACGGUCGUCACGCGGUGGCGGGCGGAUCCGUGGGCCCGCGGAUCGUACAGCUUCGUGUCGGUCGGUGCGUCGGGCAGUGAUUACGAUCUGCUGGCCGCGCCAGUUACACCGAAAGCGCCGGAAGGUGCAAAACCACCACCAACACCACAAAAGCCUCCAUCUGCGCCUCAGCAGCAGCAGCAACGCCAUGACAAAAACGGUGACAAGAAAGACAACGAGGAGAACGAUGACGAGGACAGCAAUCCGAUCGACAUUCCGCGGCUCUUCUUUGCCGGUGAGCAUACGAUCCGCAACUAUCCGGCCACGGUGCACGGUGCCCUGCUCAGCGGGCUGAGAGAGGCGGGCCGGAUCGCCGACUACUAUCUCGGCUUUCCCAACUGCUAUCCGGAAGCGCCCAAGGACGAAAGCGCAAAGAAGUGAUCGCGCCCACCGGUCUGGGGGCGCUCUCUUGCCGCACAAACUGCACACAGUGACACACACACACACAUACAUACAAUACACAGCGAAGGAAUUGAUGGGCAUUGGUAGGCCAUUUUCACUGCACGAUAAACACACAUCCACACACUCCAACUCUGUACACACACACAUCACCCGUUUGCGUUCGUUUAACUCCUUAGCACUCUCGUUCCCACUGAACCCUGUGUGUGUAGUACAUGAUUGAUUGUAGAAAAUAUCCAACUGCUCGAGCAAAUUUGAACAAAUUUCAUAUCGGUAUGCUUUUGUGCUGUGUGUAUGUGUGUAUGUGUGUGUAUGUCGGAUGUGUGCCCUCAUUCUCUUUAGUGCACUGCGGAGUACAAUGGUAUUAAUAUGUUCAUUAUUUCCGUCUGCCAUGUUCAAUACUGUAGAUAAAUAAAUAUGAAUAAGUCGAGAACAAAA